AUGUAUUCCGCUACACUCACCAUUUUCAUCGUUGCUACUGCUCACGCCGGUGUCGUGUAUCCGGUUCUGAUUCAAAGCAGAAGCGGCAACUCAAGAGGCGCUGUUCAACUUUCUGAAGACUACGUCAUAGACUUGGAAGAAUCUAGCGUUUUAGGGGAGAGUCUCUAUUUUUCAGAGACUAGUUAUGGAGACGUGAUUCACGAAUUGAUGGAUACUACAGAUAUACGUAAUAGUGUUUAUGAAAAUUCGGAACACAAAGCUUCCUUUACAAUUACAGAAACAAAUGCGGGAAUUGAAAUGGAAGGCUACCUAAACUUUACACAUGGAAUUGAGCCAUUGCGAAUACAUGACAAAUCCGGCCGAAUCCCUCACAGAAUAUUUCCGCUCCCGACGCCUGAGGAGGCAAUCCACUUGGAAAUUCCCAUUGAAGAACGUUCCCAUGAAAGUCUACCGUCAAAAAGUUACCCUGCAGAGCCACCCACCGUGUGGCGACCUGAAAUGUACGUCAUGUUGGACAGUGUAAUACACAAGUCCCUCCAGGAAAGCAAAUAUCUACAGGCUCGAUACAUCAUAAGGCUAAUGAACAUCGUGAAUGCAAUCUUCAAGACGGUUCGCAAGCCCCGAAUAAACCUCCAGCUUGUUGGAAUAUACCGGUUUCAGACGAAAGAAGAUGAGUAUUUUGUUGUGGAGGAAGAUAAUGUAGUCGAAGCGUAUGAGUCAAUAUAUUUAUUUGGACAAUUCACCAAAAACACCACGUUCGCAAGGCCUGCCGAUUUCUACCUGAUGCUCUUUGGGCGCCGCUUAGGGAGACGUAACGAGAAGACUAUCAAAGUAUCUCCUGGUCUUCAAGGUCUCGCCAGUCCCGGAUUGGUCUGUGUGAAAGGCUGGAAUGUUGGAAUUUCCGUGGGCGCACCCCCUCUUUACCAUGGAUUCACCACAAUAGCCCACGAAAUUGGGCAUUUGCUCGGGUGCACGCACGAUGGAAGUGGUCCCUUGGAAUAUAUCCCGAAUCAUCCUGGUGCUGUUGACUGCAAGUACAAAGAGAAAUACAUUAUGGAAGCUGUAGGGCAUCGUGGACCCCCUUUCGCGUUUUCGAAUUGCAGUGAGGUGCAGAUGCAAUUUGUUUUGAAGUAA